GGCUGGUCUGGGGGCACUGUCCUGGUCUGAGGGGGGCUGUCCUGGUCUGGGGGCCACCCCAUCCUCUCUGUCCACCUACCUGGUAGCUCAUCCUGGGGGUCUCAGGGUGCAACAUCCCUUGGAGGUGGGGUCUAAGGGGGUCCCUGCCUGUCAUCUGCUUGUCCCUGUGAGGUGGCCGGUGGCCAGGGUGCUGCUUAGGGACAGAGGCUGGGUCCUGUCUGGGUCUGGGCAGGCACCUGUCCUCUCUGAGGGUCAAUCUUUGCUCCUAAAAUGGCUUCAUAUCCCCCCACGACAGAGAAUUUCAUGAGGACUCUCAUGGGGUGUCCACUCACCAUGUGUCCAGGAGCCCAGGAAGGGACCGGCCUGGUCCCCGCAGGCGGCUCCGUGUGGACGGAGCACAUUAGGAGAGUUUGUGUUCUCGGGGGUCACACAGUGUGACGCAGAACCACGUGCGCCUCAGUGCUACUGACCUUGGCGUGCAGGCUGGCCCUGGUGGGAAUGCCCAGGAUGGGGCGGGCACCAGGAGCUGGCCUGGCCGAGGUGACUUUUUGGGGUGGUUCCAGGCCCCUUGCCAGUCCUCCUGGACAGACGACGUGGACACCUUGGCUGCUGAGCUGGACCCGCCCCCGGCCCCACGCAAAUGGCAUUCCUGGGAGCAGGCCUGCGCCCGCCAUGGGGCUGUCCUGCAAGGAGAAGGUCUUCCUGGCCCUGCUGGGGGCCGCGGUGGCCCUGGGACUCACCGCACUGGUUCUUGUCCUGGUGGAGGCUGUCAACAUCCUCCUGCCCGCAGACACCAAGUUCGGGAUCGUGCUUGACGCUGGCUCCUCCCACACGUCCCUCUUCGUGUAUCGGUGGCCGGUGGACAAGCAGAAUGGCACGGGCGUGGUCAGCCAGGCCCUGGCCUGCCAGGUGGAAGGGCCUGGAAUCUCCUCCUACACCGCCGACCCUGCACAGGCUGGUGAGAGCCUUCGGGGCUGCCUGGGGGAGGCGCUGGCACUGAUCCCAGAGGCCCAGCAUCCAGGAACACCCAUGUUCUUGGGGGCCACGGCCGGCAUGAGGCUGCUCAGCCAGAAGAACAGCUCCCAGGCGGGGGACAUCUUUGCAGCGGUCACCCGGGUCCUGGGCGGGUCUCCUGUGGAUUUUCAGGGCGCCAAGCUCCUGGACGGGCAGGACGAAGGUGCCUUUGGCUGGAUCACCAUCAACUAUGUCCUGGGGCUGCUCAUCAAGUACUCCUUCUCUGGAGAAUGGACCCGGCCUCCGGAAGGGACACUGGUGGGCGCCCUGGACCUGGGCGGGGCCUCCACCCAGAUCGCCUUUGUGCCCCGGGGCCCCGUCUUGGACACGAGCACGCAGGUCACCUUCCACCUCUACGGCUCCAGCUACAGCGUCUACACUCGCAGCUACCUCUGCUUUGGGCGGGACCAGAUACUGAGCCGGCUCCUGGCCGGGCUGGUGCAGAGCCAGAGCCACUCGGCCAGCCUGGUCCGACACCCCUGCUACCACAGCGGCUACCGCAGCACACUGCCCCUGGCCCCCCUGUACGAGUCACCCUGUGUCCACCCUGCGGCCCCCCAGAACCUCACCCAGAACCUCACGGUGGAAGGGACAGGUGACCCUGGGGCCUGCGUCGUGGCCAUCCAGCAACUCUUCAACUGCUCCAGCCUCCAGGGCCUUGGGGACUGUGCCUUCGACAGGGUCCACCAGCCCCCACUGUGGGGCCAGUUCUACGCCUUCUCCAACUUCUACUACACCUUCCACUUCCUGAACCUCACGUCCAGGCAGUCACUGGCCACUGCCAAUGCCACAGUCUGGGAGUUCUGCCAGGAGCCCUGGAAGCAGGUGGAGGCCAGCUACCCUGGGCAGGACCGCUGGCUACGGGACUACUGUGCCUGCGGCCUGUACAUCCUCACACUCCUGACAGAGGGCUACGGGUUCAGUGAGGAGACCUGGCCCAGCAUCGAGUUCCGCCAGCAGGUUGGCGGCAUGGACAUUGGCUGGACUCUGGGCUAUAUGCUGAACCUGACUGGCAUGAUCCCGGCCGAGGCGCCGGUCCAGUGGCGGGCAGAGAGCUACGGCGUCUGGGCCGCGGGAGUGGUGUUUGUGGUGCUGACCCUGGUGGCUGUUCUUGGGGCUGCUACAGUCCAGCUCCUCUGGCCCCAGGACUAGCAGGAAGGCGGAGGCCCAGCCCACCGCGACCCCAGUGCCUUCCGGAUCCCCUCUCCCCUGCAGUGCCUUGUUGUGUGGGCUAGGCCCGCAGUCCUGGACAUCUGGCCCCACUCCGCCACCAGGUGGUGCUGGCCGUGAAGGCUGCAUGGCCCCCGCCACGGCCCCCCAUCCCAGCGUCCCUGGGCCCCUCUCCCCCGGCACCUCUUCCCUGCAGCACCCCAGGGCUUUGUGCAGGGGCCUGCGUGGAGCCUGGCUCGGGGCCCCCCGCUGGAGCAGGGCGGGGCCUGGCUUCGAGGGGCCAGCACAGGGACCCGGGAGCCACAGCCAGCCGGAGGCCGAGAGGGAAGCAGGGCCGGUGGACCAGUUGCCCUUGCUGUCUGACCAGAUGGACAGAGUCCAGCAACGUGGGUAUCUCCUGGGCCACCCCCCCAAGUCACCAAGCCUGGAACGUGGACCACACUGUGGGGGGCGUUUUUAUUAAAACCUCCUGAAC